CCCACGGCCCGGGAGUCGCCGCACACCCCGCAGUCGGACGGGAGUCUCCGAGGACGGCGAGCAGCGCUGAGAAGAUGCAGCAGCCGGUGAGAGAGCUGUGGUGUGUGCUGCUGGUCUGCGCAGUGGGCUUCCCCCGGGCCAGCCAGGAGGUCACCAUACGAUUCAGCAGAGGAGCCAGAUCUUACAGAGCUGUCUGCAGGGAUGAGACGACACAGAUGACUUACCAACAGCAUCAGUCCUGGCUGCGCCCCAUGAUCAGAUACGACCGGGUCGAAUACUGUCGCUGCAGCUGGAACGGGCUUCAGUGCCACUCGGUGCCCAUCAAAGGCUGCAGUGAACCCAGGUGCUUCAAUGGAGGGACGUGUUGGCAGCCUCUGUAUUUCUCGGAUUUCGUCUGCCAGUGCCCUAACGGAUUUGCUGGGAAAUACUGCGAAGUAGAUACAAGAGUCACGUGCUACAGAGACAAGGGUAUCACCUACAGGGGCACAUGGAGCACAGCAGACAGUGGGGCCGAGUGUAUCAACUGGAACAGCAGUGUGCUGAGCGGAAAGUGGUACACCGGGCGGAGGCCGGAUGCCAUCAAGCUGGGUCUGGGGAAUCACAACUACUGCAGAAACCCAGACAAAGACAGAAAGCCGUGGUGCUAUGUCUUCAAGCAAGGGACGUACACUCCCGAGUUCUGCAGCAUCCCUGUCUGCUCUGCAGAAAACAAUGAGGACUGCUACUCCCAGACUGGAGUAACAUACCGUGGUACCCAUAGCCAAACAAUGACUGGGGCCUCCUGCCUCCCGUGGAACUCCAGGAUUCUGGUGGACAAGAAGUACACAGCGUGGAGUGCCAACAGCCAAGCCCUGGGUCUGGGCAAACACAAUUACUGUCGAAAUCCAGAUGGAGAUACCCAGCCUUGGUGUCAUGUGCUGAAGGACAGAAAGCUGACCUGGGAAUACUGUGAUGUGCCCCGGUGCUCCUCCUGUGGAGUGAGACGCUCUCAGCAGCAGCCUCCGGUCCACAUUAAAGGGGGAGUCUUCACAGACAUCACCUCGCACCCGUGGCAGGCUGCAAUCUUCGCCAAGAACAGGAGGUCGCCGGGAGAGAGGUUCCUGUGUGGGGGCGUGCUCAUCAGCUCCUGCUGGGUUCUGUCAGUGGCCCACUGCUUCCAGGAGAGGAUUCUUCCCCAGAACCUUAAGGUGGUCUUGGGCAGAACCUACCGCGUGAUUCCUGGAGAGGAGGAGCAAACGUUUGAAGUGAAGAAAUACUUGGCCCAUGAGGAAUUUGAUGAUGACACUUACGACAACGACAUUGCACUGCUUCAGCUGAAAUCAGAGUCGCCCUUAUGCGCCCAGGAAAGCGACUCAGUGCGCCCCGUUUGUCUUGAGGCCGGCCUGCAGCUUCCCGACUGGACGGAGUGUGAGAUCUCAGGCUACGGGAAGCACGAGGAGUCUUCUCCUUUCUAUUCUGAGCGUCUGAAGGAGGGCCAUGUCAGGCUGUAUCCUGCCAGCCUAUGUUCGUCACAGUAUUUGUCUAACAAAACUGUAACAAACAACAUGCUUUGUGCCGGGGACACACGGAGUUAUGGAAACCAUGUUAACCUGCAUGACGCCUGCAAGGGUGAUUCAGGAGGCCCUCUGGUGUGUAUGAACAACAACCGCAUGACCCUGAUUGGUAUCAUCAGCUGGGGCCUUGGUUGUGGGCAGAAAGAUGUCCCAGGAGUAUACACCAAAGUUGCUAAUUACCUAGAUUGGAUUCAAAACAAUAUGCGGCCAUGACAGAAAUACCCAGUUCCCUGAAAUAAUGGGAGACCCUGCCUGUUUUUCCUCCAAGACACACCAAGGCAAUGUGCUUCUUCAUACAGAUUUCUCUAUCAUCCAGUACCAGUUGGGGUGGAACUCUUGGAAGAGAAGAGAGGUCAUGUCUUCAUGGGCAUUGCCCAUUUUAGAAGUUUUCAGUGGACAAGGUCUGAAUUUAGGACAGGGCCAGUUAAUCCCCUUGGGACCAUUACUGUCUAGCGAAGUUUCAGAUGAGCCUGAGCUCCUAAUCUGUUCAUGUGAGCAGCUUUGGAAGUAGGAACCCCAAACUAACACGCAUGUCUGGAUAGUAAGAAAUGACUGGAUCUUUAAAUAUAAGAUUGUAUUUGAAAUAAAAUGCCUAGUUAUAGUCAUAAGGAAGUCAAGUAGGGCCUCCUGGUAAGGGAUGGGCUGGCGGGCCAGCUUAAGUUCCUCAAAAUCACCCUUCAAAUCAAUUAGUUGACUUUUGCUUUCUCUCCAGCACUUAAAAGGAAUUUCUAUUGUGUUCAGUGUAAAUCUUCUUUAUAAACCUUAGUAGAAUAAAAUUAUAGCAUUUUAACAAUAGAAUGAUAGAAAUGGUUUAGCCUAUUUGUUUAAAACAUUUUAGUUUUUACUUUCUGUGGUCACAAUCCUGUAUUAUACUGUACUGGAAUAAUAAAUUUAAAUAUAUUUUCACACACUUCC